GGAAGCGCGGCGCAGUUUUAAUUCACAAUGACGAGAGUGACUGCUGACUCAGCAUCCGGAACUGCCUUUGACUGCCUUUGUUCUUUUCUUUUUUUAGCUGCUGAGUUGCAGAACUGCGGUACAACGUUCAAGGCUUGAUCCCAGGAAGAAGAAGAAGAGAGGAGAUGAUGUUGAUGGCGCCGGGCGAGCUGGAAGAGGCGGACGAAGGACAGUGACAGGUCACCGCAGCUCGUCUCUUAUCCCACACACUUCCACCCUCACCUCGUCUCGAAUUCGGCGCCCGAGGAGGCAAAGUCGCAAGCAUAGAGGACGACUCAUGGAACAGGGGUAGCCAGCGAGUAAACCCCCAGCCAGGCCCUUGAUUGGGCACCGUCGAGGCAGCUCAGGCAAUUCCUUCACUGCGAGCCGUGUAGGGAGUGAUACGAGGAACAGAGUUGGGACAGAAUGCACUCUGACCGGAGAUCCUUGGGUGGCUGUCAGAUGGGAACUGCUCUGAGGGACUUUGCUUCCCUCGCACUACUCUGCAGCCAUGCCAACGUCGCCUGUUAUUUGACCUUUGGCUGUCUCGAUGGGUCCACAACGUUUAAAAUAUCACUGCUCAAGGUGAAGCGCUGUUUGAUCGGCACCGGACGUUUUAUCCAUUUAACUAUUAGUAAACGCCGAAAAUACGAUUCCUACAGAGUCCGAGGAUUGAUAACGAGGAUAAGAGACAAUUACAACUGCUCGGAUAGAGAAUCUCUUAGGAUAAUAAUGGGGAUAGCGCCAUCCUUCAUGCCCCAAAUAGAGUAUAAUACUUCGUUCCAACUCCCUAUACUCCGUACAGCCAUGAUAUCCCGAUAGACCCGGGACACAACCGGUGGGGCCCAACCCACGGAGUGCCUAGCUCCCCAUGUUUCCACUGGGCCAUUUUUUGAAGACUUGAAGGGUAGGACUCGAUGCUUAAACGAAGAGAAUGCACGCUAUAGAAAGAUGUGCUCAACAUCGAUAUCAUUAGAAUUCACAUCGAAUUUCGGAUUCCAAUUGGUCAAUAAAUGCUUAUUUAUGGCCAAUUAGAGGCGGAAAUAGAGGCAAAUUCCAGCGACUCAGAUUAGUCAAAGUGGGUCCACGGAGACCGAUAUUUCACGUGAUACAUACAGAGCUCCCGCCGUGACUUCAUAAAAACCGAAAGAAAGACGAGCAUUAACAACAACCUGAACUGCUUCACUUGAUAGGGAACGAACAGCAGAUUUCCUGGUGACUGCGAGCGUGAUAUAUCCGUGUUUCUGGCAGUAACUAGCACACGCAUCAAAAGCUGUGCGUCUACUUCUGGCGGGCUGAUAUUUACUAUCAAUCUAUACGCUAUUUUAAACCACCUAUGGAUCAGUCACAGAAGCAGGCGCUGGGAGCAUUGCAGCCGUUUAUUCAUCUCGCGAAUUCAUCAACUACUCACAGCGCGCGUUUCAUUGCUAACAUCAUUACAAAUGCUACGUCUGCCCCGAAUACCUUCAUCUUCGCCGAGUUGCUCGAGACCCAAGCAGUUCAAUCGUUGGCACUCCCAGAUACACCAGAGGAAUACCAGUCUUAUUUGAAAUUACUGGAGAUAUUUGCUUGGGGCUCAUGGGAAGAAUACCAUGCAACCCCAAAUCUCCCCGCCCUCAGCGAAGCCCAAGCACUCAAACUCCGACUUCUAUCUCUCCUCACCCUCUCUACAACACAUAAUCCGCUCACAUAUCCCAUUGUGAUGAAAUCUCUUUCCCUAAAAGAUCAUGUGGAGCUUGAAUCUCUCGUGACAAAAGCCAUAUACUCAUCUCUCAUCACUGCUCGCCUAUCCCCAACAACGACACCUCCAACCAUCAAUGUUAUUUCUGUGGCCUCUCUCCGCGACGUUCGUCCCCAAGCAAUCGAUGGGAUGAUAUCAAUCCUUACAGAGUGGCAUGAGCGAUGUCAGAAGGCGGUUGAAGGCAUUGAGGCCGAGAUUAACACAAUAAAAGCCGAUGCAGCCAAAAGGCGGGCAAUGGAGAAGGACCGAGCCUAUCGUUUUGAAAAGAGUGAAGGGGGUUGGCAUGGAGAUGAUGAUAAAGAAGGCGAGGGAGGGAGUGGCUCAAAAGAAUCGCGACCUCGAAAGUCCCUUAGCAAAGAGGGCUCGCUUGGCGGGACCGCGGCUAAUGCUGCAAGACGGCUCUUUGGGGGUGGCAGUUCUUCAAAGGGAAAUAAGCGUGAGUUCCAUGCUACAGGAGGUUAUUCGGGGAAUGGCCAGGAUAGCAUGGAAGUAGACCCCUCAACCCUUCCGAGGUCAAUGAAAGUUAAGCUUGAGGCACAGAACGUUUGCUAG